UCAAUAAAAAUAUAAGCGGAUAGGGCAUAAUGGCUACAGAAGAGGGCUCACAGACACAAGAUGAACUCAUACGAAAGGCAAUGCUGGACAUGGGUUGGGACCCACAGGCGGAAAUACCCAUGGCUAGCAAGGAAAAUCUCUGCAUCUUGGCCGAAAUGGAACAGAUGGUGGAGGAGAAGAUACAAAUGCUCGAAUCGAACAUCCAAACCGAGGAUCGGUUGGAGAAGCUGUUGCAACAUUCUAAAAAUGCCGAAAUGUGUGUGAAUCAGAAUUUGAAACUACUGCAAGCGCAUCAGACUGAAGUGCACACGGAGAUACAUCUUUACAAAGUUGCCGAGCGUGUGCAAUCGAAGCUGAAAGCUGACAUCAACAAAAUCGAUAAGGAAACUAAAUGCUUCACCGAAUAUAUAGACAACACAGAGAAGGAACUGUGCCGACGAAAAAAUGCCAUCGACGACUUAACUUCGCGCGUUAAAUGGGCGAAAUCGGUGCUGCUCGAGUGGCGUGAAGCAAUGGAAGACACCAACAAAGGCUAUCAAUUGAUUGAGAAGUAUUUCAAGGAAGAUCAAGAGUUUAUGCGCCAAAAAGACCUGCGUCGGCAAUUACUACAUAACGAGUUGGAGAAACUACGUAAAGAAUUGGUAAAAUUAUACGAAGAGCAGAAGUCGUUGGAGCAGAAUAUUGAAUGUACCGCUAUACUGUAUCGUAUUGCGCAUACGGAGCGUCGACAAAUGGUGGAAACUUGGAAAUUGGCGGUGCAACAAAUGCUACAGCGUGAGCGCGACAUACGACACGGUGAGAACGAGCUGCAGAAUUUGCGCAUCGAAGCUGAACGUGUCUUAAAGGAACGCAGAAAUUACGAUAAACACUUGGAUACCUUAAUUCAGAAUAAUCAUGAAAUCGAAAAUAAUAUCGCCUUGUUGAAUGAUGAAACUUCACAGAUCAAAGAGCAAAUCCAGAAACUCAUUGAUAUGACUAUAUUGAAGGAGAAUGAGGUGGAGCUUUUGCAAAAGGAUCUGCAAAAUCUCUCAAAUAAAGUGCAACAACAACGUGUGGAAAACCGUAAAAUGACUAAGGAAAAAGAUAAACGCAAUCAGGCAUUGGAAGAUUUCAAAUCGGUACUACGUAAGCUGGAGACACGCCUAAUUGAGAUGGAGAAUAAGCAUCUAAGCGCUGAGCAGCGUUUACAAAUGCUGGAAGAGAUGAACGAUACCGAAGAGAAAGCACAAAAAGAGAUAAACAAAGAUAAGUUCCGGUUAAAUGGUUUGAUCUAUCGUAGUCAGGACUAUUUGCAGAAUUUAAAGAACGAUUGUCGAAGAUUAGAGGUGCGUUUCAAUGACGGCUUGUCAGCGAGCAUCACCACUGUCAUUCGAAACACGAAGAAAAUGGAAAAGGAUCUCAAUCGCCUAACGGAAGUGCACUACGAGUCGGCUUUCAAAUGUCUACAAAUUGAACGUAAAAUAAUAAUGUUACAAGGUGGAGAUUUCGACCCCAUACAAGAGGCCGAAGCACAGAAAUAUUUAACCAAGUUGGAGGCGCAAAAAUUUGAUACUGCAAGAAGACGAUUACAAACUACCGAAGCACAAAACAAAAAGUUGGACUAUAAUAUGCGAAAUUUAACCGAUGUCUAUAAUGCUGAUCACAAGAGAUUGGAGGAGAUGCUCUUCAACAUCAAAGAGGCGCAAAUGUACUGCGAGGGCGGCAUAAAACGUUUGAGUGUCGAAAAAAACAAGAAUCAGCAGAAGAUUGUCGAGUUGAGUCUUCUGAAGAUGCGCAGCAAGGAGUUUGAGAAUGAUAUAAUCGAAUGCGAAAACAAUACCUAUCACUUAGGGAAACAUCGUUUGCAACUAAAUCGUACCAUGAAGGAUCGUUUGGUGGAGAUAAAGAGUCAAAUGGAUUUGCUAAAUCUGAAGCGUAAACAUUUGAAUGAAGAAAGAAGCACAUUGCUGGCGGACAUCGGAGAACGUUCGAAACAUAUUGAUGUCGUGCGUGCACGACUAGAAUUGACCUCCCGACUGAUGGGUAUGAAUGAAGAUGGCACUUUGGUGACAGCAACGCAAUUAAAGGUGGCUGCGGCGCAAGAGAAACAAAUGCUCCUAGAUGAGGGUAACGAAUUGAAUGAGAAAGUGAUCAAGGCAGAAGAAGAUAUUAAGGCGAUGGAAAACACACUGAUGUUGCUGAACCAUUCAAACGACUCAUACCGCAAGAACCUGAAUAAGAAAGUGGAUGAAGAUCAAGUCUUGGAAGAAAUCAAAGAAUUGCAGUCCAACUAUUGUCUUGCCUUGACGCAACUCAAGUCUCUACGCAGUAAACAUCGUCAAGUGGAAAAAGAAAAUGACAAAAAUUUACAUAUAUAUGAGAACCUGGGAAGACAAUUGGAGAUCUCAACUGGCAAAAACAUGGAGAAUAGCGAAAUAUUGGAAAAACUACAAAAGGAAAUUGAAGAUCAGAAAACCAAACUGCAGCGCGCCGAACGUGAGGUCAAAAUUUCUUUGAAGGCGGUUAAGGAGCGCAAUUUAGGCAAGGAAUUCGUUGAAGCUUAUGAACGCGAAUUGGAUUUGCGUGAAUUUGAAUACCGUAAUUCGAGCGCACUUAACCAGCUGGCUGACAUGGCGGAGAAUGAUGACGACAUUGGCCCGAAAGUAAUACGUAUAAUGUUGGAUAAAGGCCUUAAAAUGCCUCAUAUGUUGCAGAAAACACGCAGCUUUGCUUCAUGGCGCAGCGAUGUGUCGGAAACCUCUUCAUCGCGUGAUAUGCCUUUGUCUCCACAUUCUUCCGUUUCGGAGACUACAAGCGUUGUUAUUCAACCUUCGGUCGUUUCCAUAGAUUUUUCACCAUCUUAAUGCUUCAACUAUCAACAUAUUUGC